AUGUUCUCCUCAAAAGGAUCACCAGAGUUUUCCAUUAUACCACCAAACAUAUCAACAUCACCCUACAAACCAUUCAGACCCUCGAAAAAACCGGUAUCGACAUUCGGAUCGCUGGACGCUUUUGACGGUUCAAACGCUCAAGCUGGACCGUCACGCAUCAGAGCGCAAUCAGGGUUUGAAACACCUCUCAAUCUCCCUGAUCCCUUCUUGACCAAACUUGACCCCUUCACUAGCAACCAGCAUGGUGUAGUGGAUAUCCAGCAAAGUGUGGAAGAUGCACAAAUCCUCAAGCGAUCCAAGGAGCAAUUCGGGAGCUAUACAUGUCGCAUAGAGAGGUGUAAGGCGAUAUUGGGUAAUUACGAGAUAUUACUCAAGCAUGUCGAUAAACAUCUUCAAAAGAUGCAUGCACAUACAUACCAGGAAGACAUACAAGACAAUGACGAUGAUAAUUUCUUCUCAAGACGCCGGCCCAGGUAUAAUUGUCCUUGGGGCACAUGCAAGCAAGAUGAACACGAUAUCGAACGAUUGAAAAGACAUAUCGAGGUUGUUCAUCUGGCACCUGAGCUACGAUGUCCUUUUAAAGGUUGUAAUGAUAAACUGUACAAGCCCGGAUAUGGUAUAUCAAGUAUAUCAUAUCAUUCUCAAAGACAUCGUAUUCCUUGGGAAGAGUCUUCGUUUCAACCUAGUUUUCUUAAUUCAUAUCUUCCUGUAAACCCUUCUCCACCUCUACCAGAUAUCGUCUUACCAGCAUAUAUGAUCUCUCAUCCACCAAUCUUACCUCGAGGUCAGAUCCAACCCAAGUCCAAGACUCGUACAGCUUCACCACCUUACGUUCCAAUCCCUUCGAUACCUCGAUACAUCUACGAGGAAGACGAUUUUUUUAUUCCCUCUACACCAAAAUCAGGUAAAACUGGCAGUAACAAGAGUCCACCAACCUUUCGUAAGAUGGAACAUCCAAUCUUACCUAAUCGCAACGACGAUACCAACCCUUUCUUUCCCCUAUGUGGAGAAGCGAUAUCAUACGAUUCCACUGGAACAUUCUCAGGAAGUAUAUUCCCUUCGACAGUGCCUCCGGAAGGAGACGAAGAUAGGGAAAGGGACAGUCUGGGCAAUUUCAUCGUUCCGUCCGCUUCUGAGGAUGGCGCGGUACAACUACAAAUUAGGAAGAAGUUACCGAAUAAGAUUGGGAAAAUGGGUUUGGGUAGACCUAAAUUGGGUGUUCCUGCAGAUGUGUUCGAGUGGCAUAGGAAACAGAAGGAGAUGAGAAUGAAGAACCAAAAAUUGAAAGAUAGAAAAGGUAAAGGUAAAACAACAGAAAUAUCAUCGGACGAAAAGAUGGAUCUCGGUGAUCUUCAAGUUACAGCAGUAAUAGCAGAAGAGAAAUUGAAGGAGCUCAAAUUGAAUUUGAAGAAAUGCCAUCCUGAUUCGAUUAGAAGUUCGGCAUUACGAUUCGCAAGUAGGAAAACUGGGAGGUCAGUAGGUGUUGAUGUAUGGAAAGAGGUUAUAAGGUUUGAGAAUGAAGGUAGAUAUUGGGGUGAAUUAUGA